GAACUAAUUUCCGUGUGAAGUUGAAAGUUGCAAAAUCAAUAAAGUAUACGGAAAUCACUAAUGUCACGCCCGUGUUCAAAAAAUACUCUCUUCCUGUGUUUGAUUGUGUUUAACAUGCCGUGAUGUUUUAUUCUAGGGUAGAAUGGGUGGAAAUAAUCGAACCCAAGACAAAGGAGCAUAUGUAUGCUAACCUUACCACAGGAGAAUGUGUUUGGGAUCCACCAGAAGGAGUAAAAGUAAAACGGACAGACUCAUCACAGUGGUGGGAGUUGUUUGACAUAAAUACACAUAGGUUUUACUAUUACAAUGCUUCAACACAGACUACAGUAUGGCACAGGCCUACAGAUUGUGAUAUCAUUCCUUUAGCAAAGUUGCAGACCCUAAAACAAAAUACAGAUCCUCAGAAAAGAAGAGAAUCUGGCACACAGACUAACCAAGCUCCUCCUCAGUUCCAAGCACCAUCAAUUGAUGCCGCUAGCAGUAAUGGCAAUCCAACCGUGGCCAGCAUCAGUAAGCUAUCUCCGAGUACAGCAAAAAGUGUCACAAUCACCCAGACCAGCCCUGUUCGGACAAGAAGAUCACACUACCAUCAUAGGGGCAGUGGUGAGAGUCGGCGGGGUCGGAUAGGCGAGGAGGGCGCGGCGCCGCAGUGUCGUCACACAGACUCCGGCCGGUCUUCAGAUAGCAGCAUCAGUAGCGCUCAGCAGAGGAGGAAACAGGAGCUAAGCGCAGCCGCUUGCAGCGCGCAACAAGCAUGCACGCCUCAACAACUGAGAAAGAGAAGCAGCGCUACGCAACCCCAUGAGGGGGAAAGGGAGAAAUGGUCGCCGCGUACUGGUCUGAACCGCAGUGGCAGCUUCGUGUCGCCUAGGAAAGAUGCCUCAGACGAUUCGAUGCACGAAAAGUACUUCAAGUCAGUGGAAAGUACGCCGCUCACUCGACGUAAGCUUAAACAGCAUUCGGCGGGCGGAUCAUCAUGCGAGUCCGCGUCUCCACAGAGCCCCAGCAGUCCCCUGCAGAAGCCGCAACCUACACCGUUUCUACAGACGACAGCGGCGCGGCCGUCGCUGGUAUCAUCUAUAUCGCUGGCGACGGAGGCGGCGGGCGGGGCGCGCGCCAUGCACAGCCUGGAACGACCGCAUCUGUCGCGACACGCGCGCGAACGAUACUCUGACAGGCACCUAGACAAAGACCGUCUCCUCGAGUUGGACCGCAAUAUGGAGCGGUUCCACGACAAGCAGGCGGCCUACAGCGUGGACAAGCCCUUCCGGCAGACCAGCCUGGACUUGCGCCAUAACGUGCAGCCGCCCAACUGGCACGGGCCCAGGGACUUCACCAGAAAACAGCAAGCGGAACCUGAGCGGUACACUUCCUCCAAGAACUCCCUAUCAUCGAGCAGUAGCAGCAAACACCGCGUCAUACCCGAGGCCGCUCCACACAGCUUCAUGCGACAGGCCUCCGCGAAUGAACAGGAUAACAUGGCUGCCGUGAACUACAAGAUGAAGUGUGUGAACCUUGAGCCGCCUCUAACGGAGCCGAAUCUCCAACGUCACAACCAGCGGCUCACGGAGCGCCCCGCGCCGCGCGACCGGACCAAGUCACGCCGCCACAAACGCCCAAUGGACGAGGACCCCCAAGAGAUGGAAGCCGACGAGGAGGAGGAAGGCGGCGGCUCCCCGCUCUACUCCAACUGGGACCUGCGCGGCAUGCAGCACCUGCUGCCGCUGCAGGACUACAUCAUACAGCAGGCCAAGCUGUCCAGCCGCGGCCGCUACGGCGCGGACGCCGAGUCCGGCUCGGACGUGGAAUCCGGCUCGUCCCGCUCCGGGUCCGCCUCGCGCUCGCUGUCGGGCCACGAGCCGGACAACGAGUCGUCGGACGGCGGCGCGCGCACGCCCGACGACGACGACGGCUCCGGCGUGUACCUGCCGCACUCGUACGGACACACCCGGCCCGCUGAUGUCGAAUACAUGAACCACGGUGUUUCCUACUACAACACGUUUGUUGGAUUCGAUCGAGACCGACAGCCUUCUCCUGGUAUUCAUAGGACAUCAUCGCUAGGCCACGGGCCAGCGCCGCCGCCUCGCGUAGAAGAGCCCGCUCUAUACAGCCCGGUGCGGUCCCACGCAACCAACCAGCCGCCGCCCGAGCAGGAUAUAGAGAUCUUCGCCAAGGAUAAUCUUAACUUCAAUAAGGGCAUCUUUAGGAAGAAGGCAUCAGUCCGCGACAUGCUCUCCUGGACAUCAUCAUCGAUCAGCGCGCCGAUGGUGGGCGCGGACUGGGACAAGCAACACAAGAAGGACGCCACCAACCUGUUCAGACUCGUCCAGAUCUACAUGGGCGAUAGGAAGGCACGGCCAGGCAUGACGCUCAACUCUGUCGCCCAGGAUAUACUGCACGCUACGUAUUCUAACGAGAAACUGAGAGACGAGCUUUACGUGCAGCUCUGCAGGCAGACCACAGAGAACCCGCUCCGGGACUCCUUACUCCGAGGGUGGGAGUUGUUGUGUGUUUGCCUGGCGUUUGUGCCGCCGUCGCCCGCCUUCCAGCCGGCGCUUACUAACUAUGUGAAUAGGCAUCGCGACCCGGCUUUCGCGGAUUCUUUUCCGGAGGUAGGAAAAUGGCCGAUUCAUGUGCAAGUGUCCCACUACGCCGGCGUGGCGUGCAAGAGGUUAGAACGAAUAGGUUUCGGGGGCAAGAAGCAGCCGAGAAAACCUUCCACUGAAGAUAUUGAUCAAGCUAGAAUCCAAAUAUUCCGUCAAUCGAUGUUCGGCAACACUCUAACGGAAGUGAUGGCGUUGCAAAAGGACCGGUUCCCGAAUCGCCAGCUCCCGUGGGUCCAAGUGGCUCUGUCCCAACAGGUCCUCGCCCUCAACGGGAGGGAGACUGAAGGCAUAUUCAGGGUUUCAGCCGACAUGGACGAGGUCAACGCGCUCAAGUCGAAAAUUGAUAACUGGGAGCUGCCCGAUGCUUCUACGUUGACUGACGCGCACGCGCCAGCCAGCCUACUGAAGCUGUGGUACCGCGAGCUCUACGCGCCACUCAUACCGGAUGCGUUAUACGCGUCGUGCGUCGCCGCCGGACACGACUUCGCCGUGUGCGAGUCACUGCUGGCCAGCAUGCCGCACAUCAAUAGACUGGUUCUCACGUACCUGAUUAGUUUCCUGCAAAAGUUCAACGUCCCGGAAGUGGUAAGUCAGACCAAAAUGGACUCGGCCAAUCUCGCGAUGGUGUUCGCGCCAAACUGUCUGCGGUGUACUUCAAACGACCCCCGCGUCAUUCUGGAAAAUGCGCGAAAAGAGAUGACCUUCCUCAAAUGUCUCAUCACAAACCUGGACACCUCGCACGUCCAAGACCUUCUGUGACCGAUGAAUCUUAACUCUCGGAAUAAUAAUAUCACCCCGGGGAGACCACUCGAGUUCUAGUCGCUCCCCGCUACGCUUUGCCACGAAAAUAAUGUGCCUAAAAUAAUUUUAGUACAAUUGAACUACCUACUUAAUAUACCAGUCCUUGUGUUCAUCUGACUAAGAAAGUAUAAUGGAUUUGCAGUUUUUAAAAUUUCUAAACUAUCAUUAAAAUACUAUUUAAAUAGCUUAAAGUUUGUAGAGUGACAAAAAAUUGCGAACGCCUGCUUAGUAUUUUUCUAGAGGCACAGCAACUUUCGUGGUGUAAUCGAAGCUAAACUUAGUGAACAUCACGUCAAACUUUUUCAUGUGUCUAUCUAGUCUAUGGUCAAACAAAAACUUUCAGCAGCCAAUAACAAAGUUUUAUUCAUUUUGGAAUAAGGUUUAUUUUUUCUAUAGUAAAAUGAUGUGCACUAAGUACUGAAAGAGUAACGUUAAUUUAAGUUCCAAUUUCAAAAUUGACAUUCUUGUAAGUAUAUUUCUUGUAUUUUUGUACGCCAGCUAUACUUACUAUAUCGUAGUUUUAUUUGGACUUUCCAAAGAUAUUUAAUGAGAUGUGAUUUUAAUUAUACUAGAUUUGAGCUUUACAAAAGUGUAUGUAUGUGCAAUGAGUUUGCUGACCCCCUUGUUAUAUUGUAUGAUUGAGUGUAUGUUAUGUUGUAAUUAUAAAUUAAGUUCUAAGAUAGAAUACAAUACGCACCACGAGGUGAGAAGCCGCAUAUUUAACCAUUUUAUAUUUACUUUACAGUAAUUGUUCUAUCUGGGUACUUUAGCAACAGUGAGACCAUUAUUGGAAGAAAGAAACAUUUAUUUGACACACGCAAACAGAACAAUAAAAACAGAAAAAAAAAAUACAGAAGAGCAAACGAAGGUUGCUGUCCAAAGUGUCGAAACGGCACCAGCUCAGCAUGUGUUGUGGACAAUAAGGCCACAGCGCUGUUUUCAGCUGGUCCUUUGCUUUCAAUUAUCUUAAACAAAAUAUACCAAUUUCUUUAAUGUUUAGUGAAAGCAAUGUUACUAAAACAGGCAGAUUAGAGCGGCUGUUAGCAAAAUUGUACUGUUUCUGUUGUCUGAUGAUUCAUGACUUUCAUUAGUUGUUUUUUUAUGUUCGUGAUGUUUUACUUCUCAACUCGCGGAGCGUAUGCUUUAAAUACGAAUUAAUUAUGGAUUUAUUUUAUAGUCUGAUUUUCUCUAACACGUUAGUGACAUAUCUCGGUAUUGGAUCUUUACUGUUUAUAAAAUAAGUUAGAACAUUAAAUUUCACAAGAAAAAUAUUAUUAUUU